AUGGUUGACGGUCUCACACCAGAGGAUAAGGUGGAAGCAAGAAGGCUACAGCUAAGGUCUGCCAAGUACACUAUCUUGAAUAGGAAGUUGUACAAGAGGGCCUAUUGCUUCGCCAAUCUGAAAUGUGUAACUGAGAAGGAAGGCCACAAAAUCCUGAAAGAUAUUCACGGUGGCGUUUGCGGUAACCACGUAGGGGCAAGGUCUUUGGCACAUAAAGCCCUUAGGGCUGGGUACUUUUGGCCUACCAUGGCCACGGUGGCAAAGUCAGUCUCCAACUCCUGCCACAAGUGUCAGAUGUAUUCCAACAUAUCCCGAGCACCCCCAUCGUCGUAUCCAUACUUCUUGCUCGUUGGCCUUUCUGCUGAUGGGGAAUGGACCUCAAUGGAUUAG